CGCCGCGGGGCUCCGCGGGGCAGAGGGCGGCGGCUCCCGGGGCCGCGCGUAGCGGGACCGAUUGCCCAAUACUCCGGCAGGGGCCGGGGCCGGGGCCGGGUCCCCGGAUAAAUACAGGCCGGCGGGCCCCGAGCAGCAAGGGAGAGCGGCGGCCGCGGUCCUCCCCGCACCAACCGCCCGGCUUGCCCGGGGCACUGCGCCCGGUGCUGCGCCCCGGAGCCCCCAGCCGGGGCCGCUAUCCAGGUUCUUAUUUUGUGAUGUGUGGUCAGCCCUGCACCUGAGCAGAAAGAAGCUUAGCUGUCGAUUACUCUUUUGUUCAGAGAACUACCGUACAAAGGAGGCCCUCUAGAAGAACACCUCCGUGAUCUCACCUUACGAUGGAAUUUAAAAAGUCCCCCGAUGGUGGAUGGGGCUGGGUGAUCGUGCUUGUCUCCUUUUUCACUCAGUUUCUGUGUUAUGGAUCACCGUUGGCUGUUGGAGUCUUGUACAUUGAAUGGCUGGAUGCCUUCGGUGAAGGAAAGGGAAAAACAGCUUGGGUCGGAUCCCUUGCAAGUGGAGUUGGCUUGCUUGCAAGUCCUGUCUGCAGCCUCUGUGUCUCCUGUUUUGGAGCAAGACCUGUGACAAUCUUCAGUGGCUUCAUGGUAGCUGGAGGCCUGAUGUUGAGCAGUUUUGCCCCCAAUAUCUACUUUCUGUUUAUUUCCUAUGGCAUUGUUGUAGGACUCGGAUGUGGUUUAUUAUAUACGGCAACAGUGACUAUUACGUGCCAGUAUUUUGACAGUCACCGAGGCCUUGCUCUUGGCCUGAUUUCAACAGGUUCAAGUGUUGGACUUUUUAUAUAUGCUGCUCUGCAGAGGUGGCUGAUUGAGUUCUACGGGCUGGAUGGAUGCCUGCUGAUUGUGGGUGCCUUAGCUUUAAAUAUAUUAGCCUGUGGCAGCCUGAUGAGACCCCUCCAACCCUUGGAUUGCUCUUUGACUGAAAAAACAGCUUUGGAAAGUGCAGCAGAUAAAUACUCCAUUUACAGUGAAAAAGAGAAGGACCUGGAAGAAAACACAAACAUUCUUGGAAAGAGCUACAGUUCUGAGGAAACAUGCAAGAGCACCUUUGCCAGUGGUGGCCGGAAACAGGAAAGCCUACUUCAUAAAAGUCCAACAACAACGGCACAUGCAAAAGAGACUGAAACAUACAAAAAGAAAGUUGCAGAACAGACAUAUUUUUGCAAACAGCUUGCCAAGAGGAAGUGGCAAUUAUAUAAAAACUACUGUGGAGAGACUGUGGCUCUUUUUAAAAACAAAGUAUUUUUAGCACUCUUCAUUGCUAUCUUUCUUUUUGACAUUGGAGGAUUUCCACCCUCAUUACUUAUGGAAGAUGUGGCAAGAAGUUCAAAUGUGAAAGAAGAAGAGCUUAUUAUGCCUCUUAUUUCCAUUAUUGGCAUUAUGACAGCAGUUGGUAAACUCCUGUUAGGGAUACUGGCUGACUUCAAGUGGAUUAAUACCUUAUAUCUUUAUGUAGCUACCUUAAUAAUCAUGGGCCUGGCCUUGUGUGCAAUUCCACUUGCCAAAAGUUAUGUCACAUUGGCGAUACUUUCUGGGGUUCUAGGAUUUCUUACUGGUAAUUGGUCCAUCUUCCCAUAUGUGACUACAAAGACUGUGGGAAUUGAAAAAUUAGCCCAUGCCUAUGGGAUAUUAAUGUUCUUUGCUGGACUUGGGAAUAGCCUUGGACCACCAAUUGUUGGUUGGUUUUAUGACUGGACCCAGACCUAUGAUAUUGCGUUUUAUUUCAGUGGCUUCUGCGUCCUGCUGGGAGGUUUUAUCUUGCUUCUGGCUGCCUUGCCCUCCUGGGAUACAUGCAGCAGGCUAUUGCCCAAGCCAGCUCCAACAACCUUUCUGUACAAAGUUACCUCUAAUGUUUAGAGGAUACUGGAAAGCAGGACAGACUGUUUUCUCAAAGCGAACUUUCACUGUGGCUGACUCUGAAUGAAUUUUUUGUUUGUUACAAACCCUAUUCUCUAUGUACUGUAUAUGUAGCUUCUAUUGCCUGUAUUUCCCCCUUUUUUUUCUUUUUUCAAGAAGUGGGACUAUUCUGUUUUACUCUUACUCAUGAGUUCUUGACAUUGUAAAAAUUUUGGCCAGCCUCAGAAAGUCUUUCUCUGUGUAAAGAAAUAUAGUUUCUCUCUAGGCUCUAUUAGUUCCCUGAAAGGCACCCAGAGGGGGCCCAUCUAUUUUAAACCUGAUGCAGGCAGCAUGCUGAGAUGUGUGUGAAGGCCACCAGGGACUAAAUUGCUCUCUUCUGUAUGUUAGACUAGCGAGUAUGUAGAAGACUUCAGGCCAGUCAGGAGAUGAAAGUGGUUACUAAAAUGGCGUUAUAGGUUGCAGUGGAGCAAGCUGAUGGUUUUUUCCCCCCUCAAAGAUAUUUUAAGAGUCUCAUGCUCUACCGACUGAGCUAGCCGGGCACUCCCCUCAAAGAUAUUUUAAAUUACAGUCACUGGUUUUCACUAUUUGAUUUUAUUUACCUUGAGGCAGCACUUCGUCUUUGGUAUCCACUGCGCUUAAACGUUUCAAUUCCUGAGAUGUUCGCCCAGAGCCAGGGCUCCAAACUGGAGCACUCACUGCAGCCUUUCUUCACGGUCGGCUGCCAUAGCAUCCUCACUCUUCUCUGUCAGCAUUCUGUUUAGCUGAUGUUUCCCAGGAAGUGCUGAUUUUACCUGUUCCCAAAUUGGAAAUGUGUAAACCAUUCCGUUCUGGCAAAUAGGAAACAUCCAUUUGCUUUGAGCACAGUGGGGAUGAAUUGCACGUCCUUGCGUGUCUUCUUGUUGAAGCAUUUAUUUGCCACUAUCAGAUUUUUAAAACGUGUGGGGGGAGGGGUGCGCGCACACACGUGCGAGUGUGGGGAUACGGAAUGUGGGGAUGUGUUGAACUCCGAGUCCAUGUGGGACAUAGGAAGGCAAAAAAAGCAAUAAGAUAUUGAUACGUGGAUCCAACUUUAUUCAAUGCUAAGAAAAAUGUUUUGUAGGAAAAUCAACGCAUAAUGCAUAAUAAAUGGGCAUGUUUCUAUUUUUUGGACUUUGCUGUGUGUCAGAUCCUCUAGAUCCUCUUAAAAGUAUGGUUGCCUGAGUACUACUUUUAGAGAUUUUAAUACUGUAGGUCUAGGCUAUGAGCCAAGCAUCUAUAUUUUUAGUGAACUCUUCAAGGAAUUCUGACGACACAGCCAGGUGGAGAAUGAGGGUUACAAGACAGGAAACAUUCAUUCUCUUAAAUAGAAAACAAAAAAGCAAUAAACCAAUAAGGUGAGGGGUUUUUAUAAAUAGCCAACUGUGGUUCCUUAAAUAGGACAUGCUCUUCCUAUUGUGCCAAAAUUGUCAUUUCAUUUCUUUUGAAAUAUAUAAGAUUUUAUACUUGUAUGUUGCCUUUCUUCAAAGGCGCCUGAAGCACUUUAUAGCAUGAAGGCCCACAACACCUCAGUGAGGCCCAUAAAUAGAUCUUUUCUAUGCUGUAAACCUGGAGUGUGGGGGAAUUUCAUAACUGAGUUAAUUCUACUUAAUGAUGCAAUAAUGGGGCUCCAAAGUGCCUUGGUCUUCUCCUCUAUACUCAGACUUCUGGAAAGUUUUCUGUACCUCAUUCUUCAGUCACUGUCAAGGUUAAUAAAUAAAAGAAGUGACAUUCAAAAAAUUUAAACUGAAUGUUUUUGUGUUGAAAGUUCCUUUUUGCCAACAUUAUAUUCAGGAAGUCCAAUAACCUGAAAAAGUUUAACUUUCAUUACAUACCCAUGUUCAUCAAUGUUGAUAUUUGUCCAAAUGCAUCUUCACUUUGUCUACUAAUACCAUCCAGCGAGUGCAUUUUCCAUUGUCUAGGGAAUGAGUUUUAAGUUACAAUAAAAUAUAUUUUUGUUUGUUUUGCA